GCGGUUAUUCAGCAUCUUGAGGAGCAGGCAUGGAGACGGCGCGCACCGCCAGAGUGCAUGUAACAUGGACAUGCAUAGUUUUUGUCGUUAUUUUAAUUGCGUCAUGCUUGACAUAUGUUUUUCUGCCGAAGGUGCCGGAAUGCCAAAGAUGUAACAUCCGUAAUGCUUCUUCUCUGUUCGAUCAGACAGCCACUGAGAGUAUGUUCAGACGUCAACCCUCUCGAGAGUAUUGGCUUUUAAAAGCUUAUCAUUACAAUCAGACAAGUGGUCAUUUAAAGUGGACGGAUGAGUGGGAGGAACACAGGAAUGAGAGUAUUCUGGAUAACGAACACAUGUGGAUAGUCAUUCGAGAGAGUGGUGUUUACCUGGUCUACAUACAGGUCAACUUCAAGUUGAAGACUCAAAGUAACAGCAGCUCUCCUGUAGAGCUUAAACUUCUAGUGGAUUUCAACUAUGGUGAAAAUACACAGAUAUUUGCUGCCGCACAUGACACUCAGAUGGUGAGUGCCAACACGGUGCAAGAUGCAAAGCUCCACACUUUUCUUCUGAUGAACAUGAAAUUGGCAAACCAAUUAUCAGUGCGAGCAUUUCCAAGUGAUAUGGUGAACAUCGAUGCUCGUCCCAUCUCCACCUAUAUCACUUUCCUUAAAUGGUCAGACAGCUGGUAGACAGUGGAGCAUUGGUGAAAAUAUUGCGUAGAUGAGUGAUUGUCCCAGAUGAACACCUAAAUCCAUGUCCGAUUUUAACGGUGGCAACCGUUCUUGCAGUUUAUAUUCCUGUUAAGCUUUAAACUAAAAAUUUCAACGUGGUAUCAAGAUCAAACAUCUGAGAUCUUCCAGCUGUUGUACUAGGAAAUGCGCAUUGACAUUAACAUGGAUUGCGUAGGGGUUGUGAUACUUUCUUGGUGUUUUUUUCUUUCUUUUAUUUCCUUUCGAAACAUGAAGAUCACAUCUCAUGAUCUUCUCGGAAGCAUGACACAUUUUCCUCUCAAGUGAUAUAUAUAAGUGAGCUUUGUUUUGUUUCAGUUUUUUUAUGAGUCAAAAUGAAAAAGGGCAAGAGGUACCGUUGAUGCCUGAUUUUGAAGAGACUGUACUAAGUACGUCAUCAUAACGGAUGUCAUCACUGCCAAAAAAACAAAUACAAACAAUGUUGUAUUCCAAAACAGAAGUAGUAAGCUAAUUCGGAGUGAGUAGUUUUUCAAUGAAAUGCAUUUUCAUAUAUAGAAUAUUUGAAUCAUCGACAGCUGAAUGUAACAACCUGUAAUGACAUCCUAUCUUCACAUUUUGUCCAACAUCAUAUCAAGGUAUGAUGAUGUAAAUGAUAAAUGUAUCAUAAAAAUUUUAAGGCUAUAGAGCCUUAAUGCUAUACAUUUGUGCUUCUAUAAGGCAAGAAACUCAGCAUUGUUAUUUAUAAAAAUACAAGUUAAAUAGAUGAUAGAUGAAUAUGAUGGAAUGUUUUCUGAUAGGGGUGUUGGAUGGCUGGUCUUGGUAUUGAUUUUUAUGGGUGGUUUUUUCACACAGGUUACCACUAGUUAUAUACUGCUAGUGAGUCACACUAAUCCGAUCAGUCAAGCAAGUCAUAUUAAGCUGAUCUACAUCAACUGUUUUCAUAAGAAUAAGACACUGGAAUGCUUUAUCUCCAGCAAGUGGAGCAAGCCAAUUUUUUAUUUUUUUUUUAUUAAGGAAAAAUUGAAGGUAAAUUAACAUACAGUUGUUGUAUUCAAAUGAGCCAAGGCAGUUGGUCACAUUUGAAGAAUGUAUUUAAAAAAAGGGAAUAGAAUUAUUUACUUUUUUGAAGUGUUUUGAGGUUUGUGUUCAACUCAUACAGCUAGGCCCAUAUAACUUAAUAUAUUGUCUACUUUUAUACUAAUAAGGUUAUUGUUCAUUCUGAGUGACUAAAAUUGACUGUUUUCACUGUUCUCAAAUGUAUAAACAGAAUAUAUUUAUAAGUUGUAAUAUUUUUAUUUAAACUUUUAAUUAUAAAUAAAGUAACAUGUAGUAGCUCCCAUUACAUGCCUGCUGAUUUUUUCACAUUGUUGUGACAAAGGACAUACAUUAUACAUAAAUAUAGUGUAUUAGAAAAGUGUUUGUGUUAUAUGUUGAAUGGAUAACUACAGUUGAACUGAAGUUUUAUAGUGUCUCAAAUAGAUUAUGUAAUGCAUUGUAUGAAAAACAACAAAAAAAAUCCACAUUCAAAAUGUCUCAUGUUGCUCAUCUAAAUGCUUCCUGUGUUUUAACCAAGCUCUGUAAUUUAUGUUAUGAGGAUGUUGAGGUAAGUAAAGCCCUCUUGUGGCAGACACUUUCAUAAUGUUUUGAUUGGCAUGACAUAAGAAUCAAGCCAAGUCUAAAGUUACUGGGUUUCCGAUGAGUGGUCAAAUUGUAAAUUUAGUCAUGGUAAUGAAGAAAUAGCAAUUGAAUAUUUCUGUUUUUGUAGCAUACUUUUUGAAAGUAACUAUCACAAGUGUUUUCAACUAAAUAAAACCUACAAUUCUAUCUAUCUAUCUAUGACUUUCCCCUUAAUAGUAAUAACUAAAUUAACUGUAAAUGAAUAUGGCCUACAAACAUAAACACAGGAGUAAAUAUUGUGAAAAAGCCUUUAUCUCAUUUAGUCAUCUAUUUCUGAUGUCAUCAUGAUAGCACUGUCCAUGCCCAUAGAUACAGGCAGGGCCGUAGUGGGGUGAAAGGUGGUAAUGAUUCGAGGGGCCUAGAGGUACACAGGGUCCUACAACAAAUUUGAAACUAUAUUUUUUAAUAGGAAAGGGGUCCAGAUUACCUGGCUACAGCCCUGGUUACAGGUAUCAAUGCAAGUUGUGUUGAGCUUUUUUGAAAGCUUGAGAUUUUCAGCUCCACCUGUUAAUUUCAUAGAGAUCUUAACAUAAUGUAGUUAACAUAAAAAGUACACAAAGAAAAAACA